GAGAGAGAUCCAGGCAGGAUCAUACACACACCCACUGUUAGAGAUGUUCUCAGAGAUCGAGUGCGGGGUUUGCUACCGAACAUACAACGCGGCUCGCCGCUGUCCCCGGGAGCUCCGCUGCAAACACAGCUUCUGUGAGAGCUGCCUCCGGGCGAUGAGCCGCCCGCUGGGGGGACAGCAGUCCAUCGACUGCCCGCUGUGCCGACACACCACCACCCUGAGCGGACAGGGGAGCUUCAAGACUGAGCUCAGGGUGGAUGAGUCCGCCCUGGAGCGGCUGGUAGCAGCGGGAGUCCUGGAGGGAGAGGACCGAGAGAAAGAGGAGGAGGAGGAGGAGGAGGAGGAGGAAGGAGAAGUUCCAGAGAGUGAGGGGGAAGUUCCCGAGACACGAUCCGAGGAGGGCGACUCCUCAACGGGGAGCAGAGGUGGGAGGCUCCGCCGGUCCUGGAGGAAAGUUUGGAUGAAGAUAAGCGGCAAAAAAAGAGAUGAGUGUAUGACCAACGAUGAGCUGAGGAGUAUGGCCAUGAUGGCCUGCUACAUGUUCUGAGCUGCAUGGCCCAACCCACAGACCCCGGACAAUGUGAUAUUAUUUGACAGAACUGAACUGGAUGGAGAUCAUGAAAUCUUGCUGGCAAGACUGGAUGCAUUCAUCUUUAUUAAAGUGCUUUAUUCCAAUGGUGCACUUAAAAGGGAUAUGUUUCCCUUCAAGAGAAGGAUGCUUAUUAGAAGCUUUAAUCAUCCACAAGUGUAUUUAUUUAAUAUUUAUAGUUUUUUUAUGCACAAAACAUUUUUUUUACAAUGCUGUAUUUUAAGACUAAUAAAUUACUUCUUAA